ACGGCAGUAUCUUGUUUCAUUUGACGGGCAGUUUUCUUUCGAAGCGUCCGAUUGCUGUCAUUAAGUUUAUUCUUCUUUGUUCGAUCAGUCGUUCGAAACGUUCUUCAGUUUACUUCACAAAAAUGCGUACCAACUCGCAAGUUUUUAAGUUCGGUAUACCACUUAUUGUUGUAAGUGUGCUCGUUGGAGUUGCAAUGAUUCUGGCCAUCACUCUCUCCGGGAAACCGAGAACAAAAGCCACUGAGGCACCCAGCGGAGGAUCAGAAACUCUCAAGAAGAAGUUCGGAUUUGACGACAUUUUCAACAGCUACUACUCUUACUCCACAUUUCCUGUCCGAUGGAAGACAGACGACGUGUAUCUCCGAUAUUCUGGGGGCAAUUUGACUGAGACUAAUCUUUUAAGAAACGACACGGUACCUUUUUCUGAUUUUAAAAAAAUAUUGGAUAAUUUCAACGUUUCUAAUUAUUGGAUUUCGUCUAAUGGAAAAUGGGUUCUUUUGGCUUCCAACAAGAGAAAGUUGUAUCGGAGAUCUUUUUUCGCUGAUUACUAUGUGUACAACUUUGAAAAGGGAUCAACUUUUCGAGUUAUACCACCUGACCCAAAUAAACAGAUUCAGUUAGCUAUAUGGGGAAACAAUGACACCUCUAUAGGCUUUGUACAAGAUAAUAAUAUUUACUGGUUGGACAAAAUUGGAGGCACCGUCCAUACCAUAACUGACAACGGAAAAGAGAACGAGCUCUUCAAUGGCGUCCCUGAUUGGGUGUACGAAGAGGACGUUACGUCCACAAAUGUAGCCAUGUGGUUCUCCCCGGACGGCCGAUACCUGGCUUACGCACAGUCUAAUGAUACUCAAGUAAAGUGGUUUUCUUACCUGUGGUACGGUAAAUACUCUGAUAUGUACACCACAGUGAAGAAGAUAGCUUACCCCAAACCUGGCUCACCAAAUCCCGUUGUAAAAAUCAAAAUGGUGGACUUGAACAAGCUGCCAUCGAAUAAAAGCCAAGUGCCUAAUACCAUGGACUUAAAUCCACCAGCUGAUUUUACAAACGUAGAACAUUACUACACUAACGUGGGAUGGGCGUCAAAUAGUAAAGUGUUAGUUUGGUGGCUGAACAGAGUUCAGGACACUUCUAUUGCAUCCAUCUGUGACGCUCCAUCCGGGAACUGCGCCGAGAAUCAAAGAACUCAGGUGACAAACGGUUGGGUGGAUACCAAAACAUACCUGCCCCCGAACCCGUGGUUCUCAAAAGAUGGCUCUUAUUAUGUGACUCUCAUACCUUCACCACAAGGAAACGAUGGAAGCUUCAUUCAUGUAGCGCAAGUCAUGGUCACUCCUUCAGGGAAAGACAACAUCACCUUUCUCACCUUUGGAACAUGGGAAGUCGUCAAAAUUUUGGCGUUUAAGAAAGACACCGAAACAGUGUAUUUUCAGAGUGCAGAAACAUCGCCUAGAGACAGACAUAUUUACAGCGUGAAUGUAAAAACGAAAGAAAAGAAAUGUCUGUCAUGCUCUUUGCCUUGGGCCGAAAAUGGGGACUGCAAAUAUUUUUCAGCGAGCUUUAGUCUCGAAGCCAGCUGGUACAUUCUAACCUGUUACGGACCGAAUGUUCCAAGGGUCACUUUACACAAAACCAACUCCUCUACUUGGUACAAAGAUCUAGAGAUGAACAGGGCGUUAGAAAAAAAAAUGUCUGAACUUGCGACUCCAAAAAGAAGAAACUUUAAGAUUCCCGCUGGAAAAUACGAUUUACUAGCCACUGAAUUUCUCCCUCCAAACUUUGACGAAAAUAAGAAAUAUGCCGUUCAUUUUGAGGUGUAUGGAGGUCCUGGAUCACAAAGGGUUACCGAGCUGUUUUUUAAACAACUUGGCUGGAUUGCCUAUUUGGUCAGUAACUUUGAUAUUAUUGUGGUAAUGGUGGACGGGCGAGGGACUGGAAAUAGAGGCGAAAGUUUCAAACAAGCUGUUUACAAGUUACUUGGAGAAUAUGAAGCGCAAGAUGUCAUCACGGCUGGACGGUACAUGCAAGAGAAGAAGUACGUCGAUCCAAAAAAACUAUCUGUCUGGGGCUGGUCCUUUGGCGGCUUUUUGACAAGUUACGUCCUUAGCAAGAAUUCCGGUGUAUUUAAGUGUGGGAUUGCUGUGGCACCUGUCACGGACUGGAGAUACUAUGAUUCAGCUUACACAGAGCGCUACAUGGGUGUCCCAAAGGAUAACGAAGCCGGCUACAGAAACACAUCGCUACUCUCCAGGGCUGCUCAAUUUUCCAACGUAGACUACCUCAUAAUCCACGGUGCUGCGGAUGACAAUGUCCAUUACCAGCACACAGCACAGAUGGUAAGAGCACUUACUGAAGCAGAGGUCAAGUUCAGAGUUCAGUAUUACACCGAUAAGGAUCACGGGAUAGUUGGAUUUCAUACGCGGCGCCAUCUUUAUCGCCUCAUGACGAAUUUCCUCACCAGAAGCCUGGGUCUCAACCAAUCAAACAAUACUUUGUGAAAUAAGUAAGAAGGCGUGGAAUUCUCAAAACUGAAAGUCGAAGAAAGAGGAAUCGUGGUCACAAGAAAGAAGAAUUCAUUUUUUAAGAUUAUGACUACAAGAGUUUGAAUCGUUCGCUCAAGCCUU